ACUUCCGAUUCUUCCCAUCCCGAUAAAAAGUCGUCUCGUCGUCGACGACGACUUCGUUUUCUGCUGCAAAGAGAUCCAAUUCUUGGAAUCGGGAGAGGGGAGAAAGAGGAGAUUGGAGCUGCGUGUGAUUGAUUGAUUGAUCGAGUGAGGAUGGCGGCGUAUAGGACGAUCGAGGUGACGCUGAUCUCGGCCAAGGACCUCAACGAUGUCAACGUCUUCUCCAAGAUGGACGUCUACGCCGUGGUCACCAUCGCGGGCGAUCCUCGGUCCAGCCAGCGUACUCCGACAGAUAAGAACGGCGGCAAGAGCCCCUCUUGGAACGCCACCCUCCGCUUCUACGUCCCCGUUGAUCCCGCCGCAGCCGGGCGCCUCGUCCUCCACGUCCUCCUCCGUGCCGAGCGCACUCUCGGCGAUCGAGACGUUGGGGAGGUGCAGAUCCCCCUCAAGGAGCUCCUUGUGGACGGCGGAGGCAAGCCCUUGUCCGGCCCCCAGUUCGUCAGCUACCAGGUCCGCAAGACCGGGUCCGGCAAGCCCAAGGGCGUCCUCAACCUCUCCUACAAGUUCCUCGACGCCCCUGCCGCCGCGGCCGACCACGCGCCCGCGCCGCCGCCCCCCGUCGCGUAUCCUGCCGCGGCACCUCCCCCCGCAGGCUAUCCCGCUCCGGGGACGGAUUCCAAGCCCGCCGUCGCGUACCCUGCCGCAGCACCUCCUCCGCCCGCAGGCUACCCCGCUCCGGGGACGGAUUCCAAGCCCGCCAACCCCGUAACGGUGAACCCCGCCCCAGGGAGCAGCGGCCCGGCGUAUCCUCCGCCGGGGAAGGACUUCAAGACCGGUGAGCCCGCAACCGCCUACCCGCCGCCCGGCCCAUCUGAGCCCUACCCACAUGCCUACCCACCGCCGCCGCAGUACGGGUACGCGGCGCCACCUGCCGGGUACGGGUACCCGGCUCCGCCCCAGCAGUACGGCUACGCUCCUCCUCCGUCAGGGUACGGGUACCCGCCGCCACAGGCGGGGUACGGAUACGGGGCGGCGCAGCCGCCGAAGAAGAAGAAGUUCGGGGCUGGGAUGGGGGCGGGGCUUGGCGCGGGGCUCCUGGGCGGCGCCAUCGGCGGCCUCCUCAUCGGGGAUAUGGUGUCAGACGCGGGUUCUUACGACGCGGGAUACGACGCCGGCUUCGACGAUGCCGGCGGUUUCGACUUCUAAGCCUUCUGUUACGUCCUCCAUGCGGUUUUCGUUAUCUGUUUUUAGGUCCCUCCUGCUUUUAGCGUGUUAGGCAGAAGUCUCGCUUACCGUCGUUGCCAUGUAGUAUGGUAAUAAAUAUGUGGUUUCUGUUAA